AUGGACCUGAUCAUCACCAUAAUUUCUGGAAUAUUUCAGCCAAAAAGUUCCAGAAAAAUAGCAGGAUUGGAAAUGCAGCGGGAUAGAUUAGAUAUUUUGACAGAAUAUCAAAAUCAUGCUGAUUUCGAUGGCUUUGAUGACAUUACACUGAUCAAUUGGAAACAGAUGGAAUGUGCAGAUGAUAGUAAAGCCGUGGUUUGUGACAAACGACCGCUUGAUCUAUAUGGUAAAACAAUAUGGAAGCCAUGCUUGUUCGGCUAUAUUUGCAUCAAGAAAUCUGAUUGUUAG